AAAAAUGGUUGGCUUAGUCUGAGUUUGUGCUGCCUAGCGAGAGCAUUUAUAAUUUCAAGAAGUAAUAGUGUGACAUUGUUUUUCAUGUGUCAAGUUACAAGCAUAAUAUAAUUAUACUAUUUUUCUGGAUAUAUCAUCAAUUUAACAAUUAGAAUUUUUCUCCAAAUGAACAAAAGAAAAAAUGAUGACAAAGUAAUAAAUGGAAAAUUUUUAAUUAAAAAAAAAAACAAAAGACGUAUAUACAGAAAGAAUAAAGAAGACUGUCAAAAAUGAAUGUGAACAAAAAUAAUAAUGGUGAAAUAAUACAUAGUGAAUAUGUGUAUAAAAAAAUAACGAGACAAUUGGAAAAUAUCAAUGUGAAAAGAAAAUUUGUAAAAUUAUUUGUCGAUUUAUGCAGAUCUUGAUUAAUUGAGUGAGAGAAAGAGAGAGAAGUGAAGAAAAAUGAUGAAAUUAAGGUGGAUUCGAUUCAAAGAAAUUAAUUAUUGCCAUAGACCUGGAUUGGUUCUGCUAAUUCUGCCAUGCAUUUUACUUUUGUACAUAUUAAAUGGAAAUAAAUUCGAUAAAUUAGAAUAUUACUCCUAUAGAUCGUACAACGAUGCUGUCACUGUCGAUGGAUUUUUGGUUUGGAAUUCAAAAUGUCAUAUGCCUUCGAAAAGUCCUCUCGAUCCGUCCAUAGUGAAAUUUGUAAAAAAGGAGAAAUUUCAAACGUGCACAAAAUCGCCGCUCUUAACAUCAAUUAUUCAGGACAACAAUGGAAAUAAUUUAUUAGUACUGAACACCAACGAAACUAAACAUUUGAAAAAUGUUUUUUGUUGUUGGUCACCAAUUAUUAGACCAAUUCCAAAAAAGCCUAAUCCUCAGAAAAAUUUCGAUUCAUCAAUUACAGUGCAGAAUUGCGUCGACUUUAACAUCUCAGUGAUUCUACCAAAGGAAGUAGAUACACUGAUGGUAUCCUGUGAAGAUAAAAAGGAGAUUACAAAAGUAAAGGGAAAAAGGAAAAAUUCCAAAUAUCCAGUGACAAUUUAUCAAAAUGUUCAUUCAGUUAUUAAUGUGAAUAAAGUUGCUGAGCGCUUUAAUAAUUCUGAUGAUGGGAAUAAUGUGACGAGUCGAGAGAGAAAAUUAAGUGUCUUAUUAUUGGGUAUUGACAAUGUAUCGAGAUUAAAUCUCGAGAGAAAUUUGCCAAAGUCAACAAAUUAUCUUGACGAGAAGGGAUGGUUAAUAAUGAAGGGCUAUGAUAAAAUGGGUGAGAAUACAUUUCCAAAUUUAAUGGCACUUCUUACUGGACAAACGCAAACUGAUUCCUAUGGUAAAUGUAAGCCGACUAGUCCAUUUGGCCUUGAUCAUUGUCCAAUGUUGUGGUACAAUUUUAGAAAUUCUGGCUAUGUCACUGCUUACGCUGAAGAUGCUGCUAAAAUUAGUACAUUCAACUACUUGAAGGUUGGCUUUGUGGAUCCACCAACAGACUACUAUCUAAGACCAUAUAUGCUAGCAUCAGAGAAAUUAUUAAAAAUUCAAAGAAGAUUUGGCGGAAGUUAUUGCACCGGUCCUGAAGUUGCUGCCGAGAGAAUUCUAAAUUCAGCUGUUGAUUUUGCAACAAAAUUUAAAGGUCUACCAUAUUUUGGCUUCUUCUGGACAAAUUCAGUGAGUCAUGAUUCAAUUAAUGGCCUCUCGUCAAUGGACACACACAUUCUAUCAAGACUGGAGCACCUCGAACGUGAAGGAGUAAUGAAUGAUACAAUGAUAAUUUUCCUAAGCGAUCAUGGAAUGAGAAUUGGAGACUAUAGAAUGACUUUUAUGGGCUGGUACGAGGAGAGACUGCCAUUCUUUUACAUUUGGCUGCCGAAAUGGUUUCGUGACGAGAAUCCUGAAGCUUAUCGAUCAUUGACAAUAAAUCAAAAUCGUCUAACAUCUCCCUUUGAUCUCUACGAAACUCUACGUGAUAUUUUAAUGAGAGCUGGUGGUAAUGCUGCAGCGAGUACCGGUUGCUCCAAAUGUCAAUCACUAUUGAAAACAGUGCCCAUUGAGCGAGGAUGUCAAGACGCUGGCAUCCCACAGCAUUGGUGUGUUUGUACCGCAUUUGAGAAGGACAAUGCCAAGAGUGAAAUUGUCAUUCGUGGUGUUGAUAAAAUACUCAGUCAUAUUGAGAAUAUAGUCAAAAAUUACAAGACAAAAGAGGGUAAACGUUUGUGUGCUAAAUUUAAAUUGAAAAAAAUUCAUCGAAUUCAUAAAGUUGUGGAAUUAAAUACUAAUAGUAGUGAUAAUUCAACAUUGGAAUACUUUUAUAUGAUACAGGUAACACCUGGUGGGGCGAAAUUUGAGGCAACAAUAAAAUAUUACGGGUCUGGUAAUUAUAGUGUUAGUGACGAACAAAUAAGUAGGAUUAAUUCUUACGGACCUGGUUCAAAGUGCCUCGAUUAUGGCCAAAAGAGGUACUGUCACUGUAUUAAGUGAUUCUUUUCUAAUCAAAUUUCAAAUCCUUGUCGAUUGUCUAAUUCUCAGUAGAACCUAAUGAUUCUCAAAAAAAACCCACCAUUUUAUUGGUUCUUUACCGAAUUAUUUAUAAUCUUCAAAAAAAGAACCAAUAAAAAAGGUUAUUUUCCUUAAUUCUUCAAGAAGCAUCGAUCUUUUAUACGAUCUUCAAACAAGGAAUUAAUGAAAUAGCUUAUUUCUGUUGGUUCUUCUUCAAGAAGCAUCGAUCUUUUACAUGAUCUUCAAAUAAAGAACCAAUGGAAUAGGUUACAUCUUCUUUAGCCUCUUGCUUAUAGUCUGUUGAUUUUGUCAAGAUAUUGUUAAAAUAUUCAUUAAUAUUUUUGGAAGAAUGUUUAUACUGUUUUUAUGUAUAAAAAUCACUUGUUGUGCCAUUCACUCGAAAGUAAUUUUUUAUACGAAAUGAUAAUAUCCGAUGAUUUCUACAAAACGUGAUUAUAUCGCAUCUCCUGGAACUAUACGACAGUUUGUAUUCUAGUAAAAAUUGUAUCAUUAUUUUUCGAUUAUAAUUUUCAUGAAAAAAAGAUCAUAAUUUAAAAAAUUAUAGAUUAAGUUAAAUCUCAGGAAGAAUUUUGUUUUCGUGAAUUUAUUAGAUCCAUAGAUGAUGUAUUUUUUACUUAUGACAUUUGAGUAGUAAUAAUUUUUGUUCAGUUUUCAUUUUUGAAAAACUGGAUAAAAUAGGAAGACAUAGAGAGUUAAGAUAAUAAGGUGCUAAAAAAUCGUGAAUUGUUAAAUAUGUAAAUUAUUACCGAUCGUUUUUUGUUACUAUGUAGUACUGUUUACCAUUUUUACAAUGUAGAUGAUUUCAUAAAACGUGUUACUGGUAGUAUUUUUUUGAAUAUCUUUAAAUUGUUAACAGAAAUUAGAAAGUUUAUUCGUUAAGUUGCAAUGUAUUAUGUUAGUCGAAGUGAAGAUAAAUUGUAAAUAAUGCGAAUAAGUAUUUAAACUGUAAAGUUAUGUAAAUUAAAUUUUACUCGACAAUUUUUCUAAUGAAAAGAAAUAAAAAUAUGCAAAUGAUUUUUUAAA